AUGUCGCCCAAAGCCAAACUCAAGAUCACCAAGGACGUCACCCAACUCGUCCUCGCACGAAGAACAAGGAUGUGCAACUUCCUCGAAUACAAAGAUAGCAAAGUGGUCUAUCGAAGAUAUGCAUCCUUGUUCUUCGUCACAGGCAUCAGUCAAGGAGAUAACGAACUGGUAACGCUUGAAAUCAUUCACAGAUACGUCGAGGUGCUCGAUCGAUACUUUGGCAACGUCUGCGAGUUGGACUUGAUCUUUAACUUUCAAAAGGCAUAUGCGAUCUUGGAUGAGUUGAUUAUUGCGGGAGAGAUGCAAGAGUCAAGCAAGAAAUCAGUGUUACGGACGGUCAGCCAGAGCGAUGCUAUUGAGGAAGCGGAACAGAGCGAAGAUGUAACAGGUCAGGGUAAGCACCUAGACCUUGCAGUCCUUUUCUGCCGUUCAAUCUCUGUCACUCUCGAUAUCCAUCAUGUUCCUGUCAACUUUGUACACUAUCAACUCGCAGCAAUCAGCUUUUGUUUCAACCCUUCUUUGUCGAGUAGUGGAGGUGCGCUCGUUUUGUACGCAUUGACCAAUGCUCAGAAUCUGUUACAUCGGAACGCUCCUCACACGAAAGCCAUGUGGGCACAAGGCAUCGAAGAGACGGGCGCAGGGUCUCACACGAUCAUCCGGAGUAAAGGCUUCAAAGACCAUCGACCGUGCUUCUGGAACUCGUACUCGCACGGAAAGUGGAAGCGAGGAGGCAAUGCGAGCAUAGAAGCCGAACAUGACAGGCCACAGCAAGACUUUUACACAACUGCUCGUAAACGGUCUCGUUCAGAGCUAAUCUUGACCACCUAG